UCGCCGCUGCGGCCACCGCCGCUACAGCCGCAUCUUCAACACCAGGGCUAGGAAAGCCGCACCGCCCACGGGCAUGGACAGUGGUAGCACCAGCAGCCGCAACAGCGAUCCGGCUCUGGGCCCCGAUUCGAAAGGGGAGCAACGGCCGGACGGGGAGCCCUUGGCCCCAGAUAGCAGCUGCCCGGACAGGUGAUCCUUGUGUCACUCCCUGCUCUUGCCGGAAAAAGAUGCAUCUAGGUCCACAGGGGCACUGCCAUGGUGGAGGACACGGUCAUUGGCACCAUGGUGGCGGGCACCCUCCAGGUCACUUUGGGCUCCUCCAUGGCCUAGGCCGAUUGCUCCAUUGGCACCCCCCUCACCAUGGCCCCGGGCCCCAUUGGCACCCUCCUCACCAUGGCCCAGGGCCCCAUUGGCACCCCCCUCACCAUGGCCCAGGACCCCACUGGCACCCCCCUCACCAUGGCCCAGGGCCCCAUGGUCCUUUCCCAGGACAUGGCCCAGGGCCCUGUGGCCCCCCACCCGGACCACAUCACUGAGGAAGAAGAUGAGACACAACAUGGGCAGCCUUAGUGAAUUGCCAUCCUGACCUGGCAUGGGACCAAGAACCAGAAUCUUCUUCUCCAA